AACGCCCUGAGAGGCGGAAGUGAGUGAUUUUAGACUGAGACUGGCGCUCAGUUCGGUUCUACUUCUGGGUUUCUCUUCGGUUCGGUUCCAGCUCCACAGGAUGACCCAGCUGAAGCUGCUCGCGCUCUGCUUCCUCUUUUGUUCCGGACCGGUUCUGGGCUGUGACUGGGACAAGUCCACAGACCCGAACCAGGGCCUGGACCCGGACUCCAUGUCGAACGGCGCGCGCGACCUGGGCCGCAGCGAGGUGUCGGACCCGGAGAGCUGCCGGACCGCCUGCUGCGGGCUCCCGGACUGCGACCUGGCCCUGGUCGGGCUGCCCGCGGACGGGGGUCGGCAGUGCGUGCUGGUGGGCUGCGGGACCAGCGGCGCGUGCGCGCUGCAGCCCAGCACCCAGUUCCAGGUGUUCCGGAGGACGCGGGACGAGUCCGACCAGACCCGGACCAACGAGACCAACAACGUUCUCUGUCGUCUCCCCAUGAAGGUGGGCUCGUGCCGGGCGGCGUUCCCCCGGUUCUUCUACAACGUGACGAGUCAGAGCUGCAGCAGCUUCCUGUACGGAGGCUGUGASUCCAACGACAACAACUUUGAGUCUCAGGAGGAAUGUGAGGCCACCUGCAGCGGCGUGACAGGUUCAGUUCUACCUGAUGAGUCCACACCUGCUCCUUCUCCACCUGCUGGCAAAGCUGCCAGAAUGGCUCUAAAUGAUCCUGCCCUGAACACCAAGACCGGUAAGAUGUCACUGACCAAUAUUAUCUGUUGGGGGUUCAGACUAGUCCAGUAUCUGUUGGGGGUUCAGACUAGUCCAGUAUCUGGUUCAGACUCUAACAUGUAUGUUCUGUCUCCUGCAGACGUGUCAGCUGAUCUGUACUCCAAGCAGUGUGGGGCGGAGCCUCUGGUGGGACCCUGCAGAGCAGCCAUGACCCGCUGGUUCUUCAGCAAGGAGACGGGCAGCUGUCAGACCUUCCUCUACGGAGGCUGCAAAGGAAACGAGAACAACUACCUGAGCGAGGACGAGUGCAAGGCUACCUGUACAGGUGUCACAGUUCUGCCGUCUUCUAAGAAAGUCUCAGGACUCUGUGGGAUGAGCCCUGAGCCAGGAUUUUGCCGCGCCGCCUUCCCAAAGUUCUACUAUGAUCCAAGCUCCGCCUCCUGCCAGACCUUCCUGUACGGCGGCUGUGGUGGAAACGACAACAAGUUUGACUCUCUGGAGGAGUGCAUGGACCGCUGCAGUGGACGGGGUUCAGUUAAUAAGCAUGGUGAGGGUCGAAGCCACUGGACUGCAGCCUUCUUCCUCUUCGUCACUCUGGCCGUCAUGUCUGUCAUGCUGUUGGCAACACUCAUCGUCUUCACGCUGAGACGCCACCGCCUGUCUCACCGUUCCUCUGCCAGCGACAAGCAGGAGCUGCUCCCAGACACAGACGACCUGUCCUCUCUGAACUCCGUUCCUAUCCCCGAGACCCCCAAACCUGAACCCGAGGCCUGAAAGGGGGUCGUAGAUCCAACCGGGGUCCACCUCGGAGUUGAUCCUUUUUCAAACGUUUCCUUCUGAAUAAAAAGGUUCUAUUUGUUGCAUCAUCAGAACUCUGCAGGAUCUGUCUCUGAUCACUUCCUCUGAUCACUUAUUGAUCAUUGAUUGAACUUUAUCUUCAGGUCAAAGGUCAGCAGAAAUCUGGAUCCACUUUAAACCGAAAUCAAUAAAUGAUAAAAUCCAGAGUUUGACUUUUAUUUUGUAUUUUUUUUAAAUCAGAUUCUGAUUUUCUGCCUCAGCCUCUGAUUGGCUGAAGCCGAUCAUUGAUUGUUGAUCAGUGAGCUGAUCAGCUGACCGACCUGAACAUGUUAGCUUUACGUAGCACAUCUAUCAGCUUUUAUUUUGAAGUUUAGGGGUUAAGGUGAAGCAGUAAUCCUUGUUUGAUUUGAUUGAUCAGAAACUUUCAGCCUGCAGGUGAAACGGUGAUACACCUGCCUGGUUCCACCUGCAGCAUCAAUCACUUCAUUAACUGUUGAAGGGUAUUUUAAAACUGUUUUUAUUUAAAGUUUUAUUUCCUUUAAAAUGUGUUUUGCUGUGAUCAAUAAUCAUUACGGUUCAAUAGGUACAAGCUAAAGUUACGUAUUUAUUUCUUUAUUUUAACCAUUUAACACUUCASUUCAUUGAUGAAUUUGUAUCCUGUUGUACCAAAUAUUCUGAAUCAAUAUUCUUUUAUUUGUAGUGUUUACUUUUCUCUAAAUAAAAUGUUUUGAAUCAGACUCCUCUUUUUACCUCCUGAAAAUAUAAUAAAAACAUUUACAGAUCUGUGGAUUAAACUUAUAUUUUUCUAUUAAAUUGUUGAGGUGGAAACUGAAUGUUACACAUUUUGUUUGUUUCUUGUAAUAAAAAUUGUUUCCCCCUGAAA